AUGGCGCGCAAAAGAAAGCUCUCCGCAACUUCCCUUAACGCUAUGGACGGCGUUCGAGAUUUACCAUUUGAUUCCGACGACGAUGCAGGCGGCUCAAGGCUCACCAGCGCAAUCAAGAGCUUUUUCGAAAGCAUAGCCGGCUCUGGCUCUGAUCCGACCAAUCCGGUCAUCAACGGAGCCACGGUCCAGUCAAGACCGUUUCUGGCCAGAAUUCUUGCCGAUAUUGCUUCUCAGGCGCCUCGCAUAGGAGAGAAUAUUGGCCUUAUUCAUUCCCUAGUUGAUACGAAGCUUUUCGAUGGCGGCCUCGUCGAUGAUCGUCAAUAUCAAAUGGAGAAGAUUCUCCAACUGGCUGCCUCAUUGCCGCCUGAAUCCAAGGCGCUCGACGAUCUCACCAGCCAGUUUAUCAAGUUACUCUGGGAGAACUUGGAACACCCACCGCUGUCGUAUGAGGGAGAUGAGUAUAAAUAUCGUACGGCCGAUGGCUCGAACAAUAAUAUUAUGUACCCGCAUCUGGGUAAGGCGGGUUCUUAUUAUGCAAGGACCGUCCCCCCUCAGACCCUCAAGCCUGGCGUGCUUCCAGAUCCCGGGGUCAUCUUCGAUGCCAUCUUUGCUCGUGGUGAAGAGCCCCGGGAGCAUCCCAACAAGAUCUCCAGCAUGCUCUUCUACCUUGCCACGAUUAUCAUUCACGAUUGCUUCCAUACCGAUGAUCGAGACUACGGAACAGUUCGGACGUCCUCAUAUCUGGACCUGGCACCGCUCUACGGCAGCAGUGAAGAGGCCCAGAAGAACGUUAGAACUUUCAAGGAUGGUCUCCUGAAGCCGGACACAUUUUCCGAAAAGCGAAUUCUUGGCUUUCCACCGGGGGUGUCUGCCAUUGUCGUGUGCUUCAACCGCUUCCAUAACUAUGUGGCGAUGCAGCUCAAGGACAUCAAUGAGGGAGGCCGCUUCCAAAUUCCCAAGGACGAAAAUGACACCAAAGCCAUUGCCAAGCUCGACAAUGAUCUUUUCCAAACCGCGCGCUUGGUCACCUGCGGAUUGUACGUCAAUAUCAUCCUCAACGACUACGUGAGAACAAUCCUCAAUCUCAACCGCACCAGCUCCACGUGGACCCUCGAUCCACGAAAGAACUUCAAUAACGUUUUCGACGCCGCCGGUAUUCCUUCCGGAGUGGGCAAUCAAGUCAGCGUCGAGUUCAACCUCGUCUACAGAUGGCACUCGGCCAUUAGUGUCCGGGACGAGAAAUGGACCAAUGACUUGUAUCAGUCUUUGUUCCCAGGACGAGAUGUAGCCACCGUGACGGAGGAGGAGCUUCUGAGAACUCUGCACAAGUGGCUUGCCAAGAUCGACCGGGAUCCAUCCAAAUGGGAGCUUGAUGCGGGCAAAUACAAGAGAACGGAGCGUGGCAAUUUCCGAGACGAAGAUUUGAUGAACAUCCUGAGCGAUGCCACCGAAGACGUCGCGUGCGCAUUUGGACCCAGGAAUGUCCCCGUCGUGAUGAAGCUAAUCGAGACCCUGGGCGUGAAACAAGCUCGGGCUUGGAAUGUGGCCACGCUGAAUGAGUUCCGGAAAUUCUUCAAGCUCGAACCUCACAAGAGUUUCUCGGACAUUACCAAGAACGAAGAAGUGGCUCGGUCCCUGAAAGCACUUUAUCAACAUCCAGACUACGUCGAGCUCUACCCUGGUCUGGUUGCCGAAGAUGCCAAAGAUCCUUUGGAACCAGGAUCUGGUCUGUGCCCUGGCUACACCAUUUCUCGAACCAUCCUUGCAGAUGCGGUCGCCCUUACCAGAGGUGAUCGAUUCUACACCGUUGACUAUACGCCAGCAAACCUGACCAAUUGGGGCUGGAAUCAGGUCAAAUCCGACCCAAGCGUCGCGCAGGGGGGCUGUUUCUAUACAUUGAUCAUGCGAGCCCUUCCGUUUUACUAUCGAGGAAAUUCGGUCUACGCCAUGUAUCCAUUCACGGUUCCGGAAGAAAAUCGCAGAAUCUUGAGCAAAUUGGGUAGGGAAAAGGAUUACGAUUUCAAUCGACCCUCAUACAUUGGCGUACCAACGUCGGUGAGAUCAUGGAAAGCCGUGACCGACGUCUUGAAGGACCAAGGCUCUUUCAGUGUUCCCUGGGGCCUUCAUACCUACUAUCUCACGCAUCACGAUUACAUGCUGAGCGGAGACAGUGUCGCCAACGCCACUCAACGAAUCGAUGUCCACAAUGCCAUGUAUUGCCCAGCCAACGGCCUGAACCAGGUCCAAACAUUCUAUGAAGAUCUUACCACCCAGCUUGUGGUCGCUCGUUCGGAAAGAUUACGCGGUGAAUGGUACCAACUUGAUGCUUGCCGCGAUGUCGGUAAUCCAUCACACGCCAUCUUCGUGGCUCGCAUGUUUCAUCUGCCGCUUAAGAAGCGUGGAGAUCUAAACCCCGUCGGAGUGGAGGUGGAUCAGCUCUAUCUCGCACUAUCGAUAUUGUUCGCCUACGUCUUCCUCGACCUUGAUACGGCGUCUUCUUUCAAGCUGCGAGCUAGUGCAAAGGAGGCUACUGACCAACUUGCGAAGCUGGUCAAGAUCGUCUGUGAGGCUGUGCAAGUAGAUGGAAUCUUCCGCAUUCGUGAUCUAUUCCCUGUGGGCACUGCUGGUCAACUUCUGGAGGACUACGGCACUUCCUUUCUGAGGCGACUAUUUGAGGGCGGAAAGUCAGUGGACGAGAUCGUGUGGACGAUCAUUCCCACUGCCGCGGCCGCUGUCGCGACCCAGGCGCAACAUUUUACCCAAAUGUUGGAUGUCUACUUGAAAGAUGAGUACUACAGCGAACAUUGGCCAGAAAUUCAAAGAUGCGCAUGGUCAAAUGACCCCGCAGACUUUGAGAAGCUCAAAGGGUACGCUCUCGAGGCCAAUCGAUUGGCGCCCGCAGCCUUUGGGUUGCUUCGCAAGUCCAAUAUCGACACCGUGAUUGUCGACGACGGCACCAAAGUUCAGGUGAAAGCCGGUGAUCAGAUCUACACCGACUUCGUCACCGCCGGCCUCGAUGAGAAAGUCUUCCCCAACCCUUACACCAUUGACCCCGACCGUGAUCGAUCUUUGUACAUUCACCACGGAUACGGUCCUCACUCUUGCCUCGGUCGCCCAAUUGUGGAAGUAGCCAUGGCAGCUCAGCUCAAGGUCUUUGCCAAAUUGAAGAAUCUUCGACGCGCUCCAGGCCCCCAGGGAGAACUCAAGAAAACCAUUCCAGCUCCAAACCCGACGAGCAGCGAUCCCAAGUCCAGUCCUGGUAACAUUGAGGUCUUCAUGUUGGAAGACUGGAGUUCCUGGUAUCCUUUCCCGACAAGUCUCAAAGUUCACCAUGAGGGUCUUUGGAGAGAACAACCCGAGCAACUUGCAUCUGAUACUGGGGCCCCAGGCAUCCAUGAACAGAUCAUGAAUAGUGACAUGGUCGAGACAAAUGGGUUGAACAGGGAUUACAUGGAAGAUGAGACACCAUGA